UGCUGUCAACACCAGUGCAAUAUGCAUGUAAAGUGCUCACCACCAUACAUACACAUCUGUCUACAAGCCAUGUAAUAGUGAGGGAGGGUUGGAGAAAGUCUCUCUGGUACAACUCUAAACCAAUCGCUGAUGUCUGAUUUUGGAUGCACACUAGGACACAAGACAACUUUCCAAACAAGAUGUGUCAGACUAGAUUCCUCCCUAUAUAGACACGAACAGUGCCCAUCACUGACUGAUCAGCCAUCAGACAACAUAAACAUCAAGAACUGAAGAUUGCAAGGUGGCAACAUAUUCCUAAUGAGAAGGUUGCAAGAUUCAGUUGAGCUAUUGCCAGCCUGGAUGACAAGAAAAUGAAAGGCUCAUCGUUCUCAAGGAGGUGAUGACCAUUCGGGCUAGCCAUAGACUUUGAUGUUUGAGUGAAGGAACAUUUCUUGACUGUCUGGGAGAACCCAUCACAACAGUUAAAAUGGAUAUGUCCAAAUCCAGUCGCCGAAAGCAGACAAAACCAAUACGGGUAUAUGAGGGUGAGGAGGCGGUAGGCUCAGAUCAGACUCCGCCCACUCAAGGAGUGCCAGAGGACUUCACAAAUGGAAGUUCACAAGUGAAGGAAAAUGGUCCACAACAGACUGAAGACAUGCCUGUUGACCUUCAUGUGGCAAUAAUAACAUGUACUAAAUGCCCUGAAACUUUUCCUUCAAAGGAGCAUUUCAUGAACCAUAUAAAUGUUGUUCACGCAUCUGCUAAGGAGCCCAAGGUAGAUAUUGAGUCCAUGAUGUACAACUAUCCUACAGCAUAUCAUCGUCUUGGCAGUGAAUUCCAGCAGGAGAACAAGAUCAUUGCCAAUGGUCAUGCUGAAGGUGAUAGUGAAAACAUACCUCCUGAAACUCACAAUGUUCAGGAAGUCAAAGCAGAUGCUGAACCGAAGGACUUAAAUGGUGAUCACAUGGACGCUGUCAAAGAUGGUAGCAGGAUCUUUCAUCCUGAUGCUUAUUGUGAACUGUGUGACAGAGAGUUUUGCAACAAGUAUUUCUUAAAGACCCACAAAGCCAAUAAACAUGGAAUAUAUGAAAAUGCUCCAUCUCCAUUUUCUAUGACUCCAGGGCAAACAAAUAUGAUCUUGCCACCACAAGAACCUGUCCUACCCCUACCCUCACCCUACAAACAUGAGCCUGCCCCAACACCUUCACAACCAUUACCUCCAAAGAAAGAAGCUGUGGCUGCAGUUCCUAAAUCCUUCAAGCUUGAUGCCACAACAGCAAAGGUGGAAGCAACAAGCCUCACCUCCUCCAAGUCAGCACCAAUUGACAACUCCAAGAUGAACAACAGUGGCUCCUCAACUCAGCCAGAUAUGGAGGACUAUUGUGAAAUUUGUCAAAAGCAUUUUUGCAACAAAUACUACCUCAAGAAACAUAAGCAAGAUGUACAUGGUAUUGUGCCUGAAAACUCACCCUCUUCAUCUGGUAAACGUAGUCGUGCUGCUUUUGAUAUUCCCAUUACGGCUACUGUCACCUCAUCCCCAAUGAUCUUACCUCAGACUAUGGCCAACAUGGCAGGUCUACCAAAUAUGCCUAACAUGCCUGGUGUGAUGGUCCUCAACCCUUUUAUGCCGCCCGUCGCUAUCAUCCCCGCCCAAUCCUUGCUUCCCCAGCAACAAGUGCAUCCCCAACCCCACGCUGUCUCCCAGCCACUGCCUGUGUCUCUUCCUGCCCCUUCUCUAUCGGACCACGUGCCAGUAUCACUACAGUCUUCAAUGUCAUAUUCACCAAUGUCAUCAGCAGUGUCCCUGACAGCUACCUUGGGAAAACCUACUCCUUCCAUACCUAAUGAUGCGCUCAGGAGUAUUGGGGUCCUGAAUGCUGAGGCCUACUGUGAACAGUGUCGAAAGGAGUUCUGCAACAAGUACUUUUUGAAAAUCCACAUGGCUAACAAACAUGGAGUUUUCAGUGAUGACAUGAUUCCUCCACCAUAUGGAAAGUCAAUUGAUGCCCUGGAGAACUCAAUGCUAUCUCCAGUGAAGAUACCAAAAGAUGUGAAGCAAGAGCCAGGAUCUCAGAUUAGCCCACCAGGUACAGCAAGUGGGGACUCCUAUAUUACUUUCUGUAACCUGUGCAACAAGGAAUUUUCCAGUAAAUAUUCAUACAAAAUUCACCGGAUGAAUGUUCAUGGAAUGUUGAGCGAUAUACAAGAACCUUCACUUGCUGAUGGACCCGAGAUUCCUAUGUCAAAAAUUGAUAGUGUAGCCAUGAGUAGUUCUGAAGGUCUGCUAAAAGUUGCAGCUGAAGCCCAAGCCCAAGCCCAAGCCCAAGCCCAAGCACAGGCACAGGCACAGGCACAGGCACAGGCACAGGCACAGGCACAAGCACAGGCCCAAGCACAAGCCCAGCAAGCUUCUGGUGGAGCCAAAGAUAAUAAUGCUACUACAAUAUUUGGCAACAUGAUAGCUGCAAAAUUGGCCGACAGGGUUGUGUGUGAUAUCUGCAACAAGGAGUUGUGCAAUAAGUACUUCCUCAAGGCCCACAAGCUUAGAAUCCAUGGUGUUGACUUAUCUCCUCAGGAAAAAGCUGCAGAAGCGGAGAGGGAAAAUCCUUAUGAUAGCCCUUAUUCCAAAUCAGGUUUAAGUAGUACACCAAAAUCAGAAGCUAAAGACCUCUCUGCAAUUACAGCUGAGAUGAUCACAGCAGAUAUCCUUCAAAGGUCUCAGAUUCGUAGCAGUGCCAGUAAGAAACUUGAUCUUAGCAACAUAGCUCCAAACUUGCCAUCAGAAAAACCAUCAAAUGAAGAACUUGUAAAACUUGGCAUUGAUCCUGAAGCUUACUGUGAAAUUUGUAAAAAGGAGUUCUGUAGCAAGUACUUCCUUAGAACACAUAGACUGAAUAUUCAUGGCAUUCGUACUGAUAAAUCUGACUCUGACGCAAGGGAAAAAGAGAGAUCUAAACAAUCAAAGAGUUCCCUUUUCAACCCAAUGAAUGGUUUUGGCUUAGGAGGUCUCGGUGUCCUGGGUGGCCUUGGAGGCCUAGGAGGAUUCAUGGGAGGAAUGCAUGGUGGCCCAAAUGGUAUCUUCAGCUUUGCAGGAAAUGGAGGUCUUCUUGGUAUGACUCCACAAGCACCCAUUGGCACAGGAUCUCUCGGAGGACCAGGAAGCUUGUCCCCAAUGAUGCCAGAACUUGCUCGUAAUGAUCAUCAAAAUAGCUUGAGAAGUCAUAAUGGAGGUAUAAGUGGUGGGACUGGCGGUAGUAGUGCUGGGAGUGCAAGCAGUUCAAGCAGUGGUAGUGGCGGCAAGAGUAAAGAUGGAUUUCAGAAACACACCUGGCGCUGGAAGGAACCUGUCAAUUCUUCAAGAGUGUCAUGUGAAAUCUGUAACAAAGAACUCUGCAAUAAGUAUUUUCUGCGAACACACAAACUUAACAAACAUGGGAUAAUACCAAGUGACAAGUCUCCAAGCAUGGGCAGCUCACCAGCACCAUCAGAUUGUGAGACUGCGAGCAAUGCCUCUAGCCAGCCUGAUCAGACCAUCUCAGACAGGGGGAACCAGACUCCAGUUUCUCAAAAUAGUAAGGUUGACAGCAUUUCUCCCCAUCCAUCACCAACAUUAGACAAGAGCUUUGAGAAGUCAGCAAAUCAGCUGAAGGCUGAUCUCCUCAGAUUGAAGAAUGAGGAAGAGUUGAAUAAUCGCUACAUAAACAACCAGUACAGUGAAGUGUGCAAUCUCUGUGAUCGACGUUUCAAAAGUUCCAGAUGGCUGAAGGCACAUAUCCUCAAAGAUCAUGCUGGUUGGCCAAUGAUGGAUAUGUUUGACCAGAAGACUUCUGGACGAAGUGGACUGCUGGAGACACCAGAUCCCAAGGCUUGUACAGUAUGUGGUUUGGUCUUUCCAAGUGAACUUUCGAUGCAGUUGCACCUUAUUCAAGAGCACAAUGCCCAGGUCACUCUGAAGACUGAGGAAUCACAACAAAACGGCAAUGGGGAAUCUGGAACCCCUCCCUCAGAUUUCGGAUUUGGCCUUGGUUUCAGGAAACGGGUAUUCAGGGCAGAUAAGCAGAAGCUCUAUGCUUGUGUCCUGUGUGACUAUAAGACAAAAUGGUUGUCAAAUCUCACAUCACAUGAGAUGAAGAUACACAACCUUAGUAAGAACAGCAAGUUGUGUCCUAAGUCAUUCCCAAGUGAACUUCUGCUUUCUCGGCAUGUUGAGCCCCAGCUUGAUGAGCCUCUUGAUAUUUCUCGCUCAGGGAGUAAUAAGAAAAUACAAGAGAAGAGAUAUAAGUGCAGCAUCUGUGGCGACAAGUUCGAUUCACGUGUAGUAUGUAAUAGGCAUUUGCGAGAAGUUCACAUACGCAGAAAGAAAAACUUUGCCUCAAGAAACACGAUUCACAGAUCCAGAUAUUCUUGCAGUCAGUGUUCGUAUUCCACUCGUUAUCCUCAGCAGCUCCAGCGCCAUCGAUCACGCUUUCAUGCAAGUCGCAGCACAGGAGGCCCUCUGCAGGAAUGGAAGGGGAACCUGGACGAGGUCCAUGCAGAACCCAUCACCAAGAGCUACACUGCCUCUGCCCAAGUCCAAUGUUUUGAACUGGCUGUGAACACUCCAGAUAGCACCUUCCUCCCUUCACUUGCGCACAUGCCAGUUCGACAGCGUGUGUCAGAGCCCAUGGCUGUAACGUUUAUUCUUACGCCUGUCAACCCCUGACUGUUACCAUGCAUGUAGCCUUGAACUAUUGAGUGAAACUAUAUUGUUGAGUAAUCCUCAGGUACAUUGUGUGAUGUCUAGCUCCACACAUGCUGUGCGUGCAAUUAAUUUGUUUGUUUUUUUUGGUUAUAUUUUUAUCAUUUCUCAUGGCCAUUGACUUCCAAACCAACCAAGAUACCAACAUGCAUGUGUGUGUGUUUGUGUGUGUGUGUAUAUAUCUAUAUCCAUAAAGUAUAUAUAUGAGUAUAUUUUCAGUUCUCUGAAAAGCAGGCAAAUAUUGGCAAAACCAUAAUUGAUGAGUAAGACAGUGUUCUCUCUCUUCCAACCUUAAUACAUUUCUCUCUGACAUAUGUAGUAUAUAUAUAUAUAUAAAACCCUCAGAGACUCUGCAUGUAGUGUAUAUUGUUAACACCUCUGUAUAACUAGUCAUAAGCUGGCAUUUACAAGUGUAAAUACCAUAUUUAUUCUAUAGGACUUUCACUGUGUAAAAGAGUGACACCAAGCUACCAAUGCUUUACGCCAGGAUGCCUCCACAAUGGCCAACCCUUUGCCCCACCAGUAGUGUUCAACAUUGCGGGCAACCAUAUAGUACUAUCUGUGAUUGAAAUGUGUUUUUGAUAAAGAAAUUUAAUCUUGAAGCAUUUAAGUGUUGUUUUGUGGAACUGUAGACAUACUUUGCGCGUGAAGGUGUUGCACAAGGGUGACAGUGGCAUCUAGCUGCGGUCUGCUGCUGCUGCAACACCUCAGGAACCAUUUUGUACAUAUUGUUGAAGUUGAUAUUUAUAAUAAUCCAUGGCAGUGAAUGUAUCCCUUGUGCAACAAUGUUUCCCCUGCUUACUGUAGUGUUGUGAAUAUAUAAUUAUAUAUAUAUUUAUGUGUUAAACGUCUCUUAUUUAUAUUGACCACCAAAUGAAUGAAACUUGAUGAAUAUGAUACAAUGAUGCUUAUGCUUUUGUGAGGAUCAAGAUUGAUAUGUCUUGCAAUUGAUCCCAAUGAACAAUAAAUGCACACACAUCAAAUGUUCAUAUGAAACAGAACGUUUACUCUGUAAUUGGCAAAGUGGAAAUUCAGAAAUUUUGUUCAUGUUUGAACUGACUUUCCAGAUAAGCUUAGUUGAGUAGGUAGAACUAGGCAACUUCUGUCAGCGUUACAUGAUACAACAUUCCAAAGGCUAACAUUUGUCACUGAUGAUGAGGUGUAUUUUGAUGUGUGUGUAUUGCGAGGGAAGAGAGAGAAUACUGACUGGACUAAGUUGUUCUAGCUUCUGGCAGCACAGAUGUGUUCUCUAGUAUCUCAGUAUUACUUGCCAAAGCCAUUUCAAGUUUUAUCCAUAGUCCAGCACACCAGCCCAAGCAUUUAUAUUGGAACAUGGAUAAAAAGAUAACUGCUUUGCACGAUUAUUGUACACCAUAGCAUUGCUUUGCUAGUGCACAAAACCGAAUUCAGUGGUAACAGUGGAAACUUGUGGUAUGUCAAAACCAUUUGCCUGUGUAUAGGUACAAGCUUAGAGACUGAAAAUAGCCAAUAUUGUCAGUUUUGAAUAUAUAUGAAGUUAUUAUGUUACGAAGUCUUGGACAAACGUGUUUCCAUGGUUUAUAGGGAUACUGAUUCAGUAGCUGAUAGUAUAACAUGUUACAGAAAAAAUGUGUGUGCCAGUUAAUCCAUUUGUACAUGGAUGUAUUUGAAAGUCCUACCAUAUAAGCAUUUUAUGUUGUGGUGAUGCACAGCUAACGUUGGGCAAGACAUGAGCAAUAACUCAGAUUCUUUUACACACGUGUUGUAAAGUAUAGAUAGUAUCAGAGAAGUCAGAUGUGUUUGAAAUAUUGUCAAUUUUUUUAUUUAGUUAAGCUAACCCUUCUAUCAUCUACCUCGAGCAAGCCUUACUGUUUAUAAGAAUACUUGUAUACAGUUGUAUGAACAAAUCUAUUCGCCAUGUUGUUUAGGACCUGUAGAGUUUUAAUAGUGUUUUUAAUAUGCCUUUGUAAUAUUAACAAGCAAUCUAUUUUGACCAAGUUAACUUUAGAAUUCUUAAUGGGAAAAAACAAUGUUCAUGAAUACAUGAACAUUGAAUUAUUUUUUAACCCUUCUAAUCCCCAUAUUUCCUUGUUGUCAUGGGAACACUACCAAGAUUUAAGAUUAAUUUAAAAAUGUUCAAUAUCAGAAGAUUGCAUUGCUCUUCUUUUUACUGAGCUGUAAAUGUUAUUUUCAUUUGAUGUUCAUCCCUUGAAUGAAACUUGUUGAAGGCCACUGUGUUGGCCUGGGUUUGUUGUGUAUUUUAUUUCACAGCUUCUCCAGAUGUGUUUUUGGGUUUUCUGUGUGAUUCUCUAUAUAUGGCAUAUUGUGAUCUAAAUUAUGCGUGAGUUUGACGUGUGAGUGUGACAAUUGGAAUGUUGGAUUCUUUUAUUUUUUCAUUUAUUAAAUUUUAUGACAUUCUAUUCGCGUGGGAUCACAGUAGUCCAGUCAGUACGGAUUUUCCCGCCUUCAGACAAACCUAUUUAUUAUUCCAUUUAAUUUUCCAUACAAGUAUUCCUCUACCCACAACUCCCCUGUCUGCUCUCAUUUCAACUGUCAUUUGGCGUGCCCAUUAACUAUUUUUGAUAAGCACGUUUGUCUGCCUCCCAUAUCGCCAAAGUAAUCACAGGAAUCGUCUGCACUCGGAAAGUUCCCAAAUUGUUGAUUAUACUGCAUACCCCACAUGUUGAUAUCUGUGUUGGACAGUUAGCUUAAUGCAUUGUGUUGUGUGAAUUCAAAUGGGGAGAUUUUUUUAUAUCCUUGUGAUUUUUGUUCACACCCCAAAGUUGAUCCUAACCCUGUAGCACAAAACUUCUUUGGUACAAAUUUUCUCUGUGAAGUCUAGUCCUAUGUAUUGUUGCAGCUAUUUAUUUAUGACUACAGUCAAAUGAUGAGUCUCUUGUGUUUUGGGAUUGGUUUCGUUUGCUGUCAAAAAUAGAAAAUAAUGGAGUAUGUGUGUGCUUGAAAAUGCAAUAUUUGAAUAAAAAUCAAGAUAGAAAGCUGUUCCUAACAUCAUAUUGUUCAUUUUGCUCUAUCCAUAAAAAGACAAGAAAAUAGCACUUUGAUAUAUUUUCAUGCCUUUGUUGCGAAGGAUGCUUGACUUUGUAAACUUUAUUGUCCUUCGCUUGUAUGUUUAUGUUUGAUGGAAAAGUCAAGAGACUGAUAUGGACUUUAAAUCUUCCAUAAUGUCUCUUUAAAUCCUGGAAAAGAACAGUGUAUCCCUUUGACGGGCAAAGCUUAUUUCCUAUGAGACGUCAAAUCAAAUUGAUUUUUUUCGUAUUUGAACCUAGAGGAUCAAAUAUCCAUUACGAAAGAAGUCAUUCUGAGAGAAUGCCCCAAAGAGAUGAUAUAUUUGUCAGCUGGGGGUAUUUUGGAAAAUCAAAACAGAUUAAGAAGAAAAAUUAUUCUUUCUUGGUGGAUCAAGUUGUCUCUCAUUAAGAGUUCCAGGGAAAUUUGACAUAAUUUUGAUAUGCAUUCCAACAUUUUGUCCCUCAUCAAAAGAUUUCUCACUUGCGUCAUUGUAUGCAGAAAAUUGCUUUAUUCUGAAGAAAGGGGAAAGAAUGUGUUGUUAAUGUAAUUGAAUAGUAAUGAAGACUUAAGCUACCAGAUGGACAUUUUUAUGGGAGUUUCGAAAUAAUCUUUAAAUUGAGUGCUGUUUGUGUUUCUGAGACAUUUUCUCCUGGGGAGGGAGAUACAAACUAUUGAUUUAUCUAAAGAAGUAAAGUGUGCAAUAUGUAUUUUCUUAACAAAUGUCACAUGAUUCAAAUCAUUGGAUACUAUAUGUUAUUCUGAAAAUUAAGAGAAACUAAAAGUGUAUUUUCACAGGAAUAGUUGUAAUUUAGGUGGCUGGUAUUUCAAGUUACAUUGUAUUAAGAAUGAAUGUUAACACAUGAAAUAACUUGACGUCAGUGUAGAGAACAGAAUAUGUUUGAGAUGAAUAUGAAACUAAAUUGCCUCCUGUUUUUAUUUCUGAAUCUAAUGGUAUCUCUAUAGACUGUAUUCAAAUAUGACUGUUGAUUAUUUGUACCAGAGAAGUUUGUAAUGGAGAAUAUCCUGAUGUGCAGCCAUUCUGCAUUGUAGGUGUCUUGUCCUGUCUUCAUGUCCUGUACAAAAAUAUGGGAUUUGAAAUUGACUGUUUUAUUCAUUGAGAUAUACUUUCAGAAAAAGAGAUGAUCUUGUUUUUGAAAGUUUUAUUGAAAAUCUUGUCUAGUCUUUCCUGGCAUGUGUUUGCCAGUCGACCAAAGCAUCCCAAUUAACAGUGAAAUACCUCAUACUGUCGUAUAUCGUUCAACUUACACGUACCAUUAUAUGUUUGCUGUAAGUGUACAUUUAAAGACUGCCUUUGUUAAAGUUGUUUGUCAACCUGUACAUACCCAAGGUAUUAGCUUUUACUUUCAGAUGACUUAUUAGUGCAUAAUAUUAAAUAGAUAAAUGGAAUAUGCUAGCAACAUAGCAUUGUUCACCUUCAUGCAGCCCUCAAAUUUCAGCUUGGUAGGCCAAGGUCCAAGCUCAGCACCUUACCCUGUUUUAUUCAAUGCACGGCCAGUUAUUUGGUUUGUUUGUUUGUUUGUUUUGUUACAAUAUGUACCUACCCCCCUUGGUUCUCUCAUCUCAGGUCCUCAGUACUUUUCAAACUCCAUCUUAGUUUGAGUUGAGCUGUUGUUUAUAAUACUCCCAAAUUCUUUAUCCACUUACUUUGGAUAUGUUUUUUGCCAUCUUACUUCUCAGCAAAAUAAUAAAACCAAGCUUCUUAUUCCAUUUCCUUCGCUUUUGUUUGUAGCUGUUACCUGUGUGUUGCCUUGAUGUCCAUGUCACUCCUUAGUUUAGCCAGUCCCAAGUGACUUUCCAAUUCUGUGAUGUUUGUCUGCCGACCUAACCAACCCAAGAAUACCUCAUUUUUGUUAAAUAAUCACAUAAUUACACCUGCACAGUUUGAGGGCUGCAUGGCACAUGUUAUUACUGUGUAUCUUUGUCUACAUUUAGUCUACUGUGGAACACACAGUGCGAAAAUCAGGGAUUUCUUUAUUUAUUAUUUCAAUGCACUUGUUCCCAAUAUUGUCAGAACUAUUCUAUUUUUGGUCAUUGUUCAAGCGGGUCUGUCACAAUCUGUCCAACUGGGUUAGUGUGUGUGUGUAUGUGGCUGCUUCAGACAUGAUACAUGGCUAUAGUCCACAAGCAGUAGUGAGAGCUUUCGGGUAUUGGUGUCACACCGUUAGUUACACACAGUAGACCCAUAUGGAGCUCACCAUAAAAUUGUUUGUUUCUGAAAAUAUAUUUAAAUAUUGAGUGACAUUUUUAAGUACUCCCUUACUGUAUUCUAAUCUUUAGGAUGUUAAAGGAACUGUUUGUUUAACUUUCAAAUUUAAUUGGAAUUAUUAUGGAUACCACUUUUCAAAUCUGAUUGCUACUUAUCUUGCACAUAAUACCAGUUGUCAUAAUAACAUUUGGAAUGGUUGACAAAUUGCUCCAGGUCUUAACAGCUUUGACUCUGCAAUAAUACUGAAGGCAAUAACCAGCUGUAGCACCGGGGCAGAAGAUGACCCUAAUCCCCUGGAGCAUAACCCUAGCAAUACAUCCAUAGAUCAAACCUUGAUGAAGCAAGUAUGGAAAAUAUCUUCUUAAGCAAUAAUGUUGUGAUAAGCUUCAGGUAGCCUAAGGCAAGACAUAAAAGGUAGUUUUAACUUGUACAUAAGCCAAGGUCACAAUAUUAAAUGUUUCAGUGAAACAAAUCAUAGAAAUGUGUUGUAGAUAGAUUGUAUGUAAAGUAAUACUACUAUGAGUCUGAAGUAACCACACACCCUCACACUACCCUGCUUUUUACGUGUCCCUGCCCUAGGACCUGUAUUAUGGAGACGGUCUCAGGGCAGGGCCAAGCCUAUAUAUAAAUAUUAUAUAUACAUAUAUAUAAGCUGCAUAAUCGAGUGUAGCUUAACAUGUUUCUAAAGUACUAUUUAAAACCUCUCCAUGGACCAACAGUACCGGCCCAUGAUGCAGCUUACACGAUCAGUUCCACUCCCGCCAGCCCUCCCUCCCGUGGUCUAGUGCACACCUUGUUUGUACGUAUGUAUGCAUAUUUUGGUACAACAUACCGUAUUUUUGUAUAGUGGAGUGAAGUUUGGCACCUGUCUAUGUAGAUUAUGGUGGUUUUUUGUAUGCAAUAAAAGUCUUGACAAAGUA